GUAUAUCGAUGCCAAAUACUUUGCAAAUCGGUUUGGGAAAAUUAAUUGACAAAACAAAACGAGAAUUAAGCGAAAAACUGUGAAUUUCAAUUUGAUUUUCAUAGCAAAUUAACGCAAGAUGCCCGUGCUGCCGAUGCCGCCACUCAUGAACGCCGUGGAGCCGAUGCAAGUGGAUGCGCCGCCAAACGAGGACAAUGAAAACAACGAGGAACAGCAAAUUGUUGUGGAGAAUCCUAGCAUCGAUCUCGAGGUGUACGCCAACCAAUAUUCCGGGAUCGUGCGACUCCAUCGCCUGAUAUAUGUGGCCGAUGUGUGCCCGAUUUUGUCAGUGGAGGCUCUUAAAAUGGCCAUUACCUAUGUGCAGACCACCUACAACGUCAAUCUCUACCAGGUGCUCCACAAGCGAUUGAGUGAUCUGAAUGCCGGGAAUGCCCCAGUUCCGCCGGCAAAUGCUGGUGGUGAUCAGGCAGCAGCAGCAGCAGCUCCUUUACCCGAUAUCGCCGCACAACCGGUGGCCCAGGCUCAGGGACAAGCGCAGCCCGCUGGCGAGAAGGAUGCCUUCGCAUACGAUGCCGGAUGGGUGGACACUAAGAUGAAGAAGGCGGCCCUGAAGCUGGAGAAACUGGACUCUGACCUAAAGAACUACAAGUCGAAUUCGAUCAAAGAGAGCAUUCGCCGGGGUCACGAUGAUCUGGCUGACCAUUACCUUAGUUGCGGUGACCUUACUAAUGCGCUAAAGUGUUAUUCCAGGGCCAGAGAUUACUGCACCAGUGGCAAGCAUGUGGUCAACAUGUGCCUGAACGUCAUCAAGGUUUCCAUUUAUCUCCAGAACUGGGCUCAUGUGAUGAGCUACAUAUCCAAGGCAGAAAGCACUCCGGACUUCGCCGAGGGAUCCAAAGAAGCCAAUGCCCAGGUCCAUACUCGCCUGGAGUGCGCAGCUGGUUUGGCGGAACUGCAACAGAAGAAAUACAAAGUGGCCGCCAAGCAUUUCCUGAAUGCCAACUUCGAUCACUGCGACUUUCCCGAGAUGAUCUCCACCAGCAAUGUGGCGGUUUAUGGUGGCCUCUGUGCCCUGGCUACUUUCGAUCGCCCGGAGCUCAAACGCCUGGUCAUCGCUUCCACAUCUUUUAAACUCUUUUUGGAGUUGGAGCCUCAGCUAAGGGAUAUUAUUUUUAAGUUCUACGAAAGCAAAUAUGCCUCCUGUCUGACGCUGCUGGACGAGAUCAGGGACAAUCUGCUGGUGGACAUGUACAUUGCGCCCCAUGUGACCACACUGUACACCAAGAUACGUAACCGCGCGCUGAUCCAAUACUUCAGCCCAUACAUGUCAGCCGAUAUGCACAAAAUGGCUGUGGCCUUUAACUCAUCGGUGGGCGAUCUGGAGAACGAGGUGAUGCAGUUGAUAUUGGACGGGCAGAUCCAGGCGCGCAUCGAUUCGCACAACAAGAUCCUGUACGCCAAGGAGGCGGAUCAGAGGAACAGCACCUUCGAGCGAGCUUUAAUCAUGGGCAAGCAGUACCAGCGUCAUACCAGGAUGCUCGUCCUCCGGGCUGCGAUGCUCAAGAGCCACAUCCACGUGAAGAGCAUUUCCAGGGAGGGCGGCAGCAACCACGGCGCCGAGCUUUGCGUCUCCGCCGGAUCCUCCACAACCGCUCAGCUGGCCAGGAUCUAGGGAAAUAAAAUAAGCACCUUAUAACCAAUGAAGUCUUUAAACUAUGUAUAUCACACACUGGCAUAAUAAAGAGUUUUAGCAAAGCUAA